AUGUACACGACGGUCUUCAUCCUCUCCCUCUUCAUUCCCCCUGGCAUUAGCCUCCCCAUAUUCCCCGUCGCCAGCCCCUAUAUCCCAAGCGGUCUCGGUCCCCUCCCUAGCAUCACCACCAAUGCCUACAAUGUCCCGCGAGGACUUGUCAAUACCCAAGAAGAAAUCGUCACGGGCCCCAUCCCCGAAAAAUGGAAGCACACCCACGGUACCCUGUCUCCAGUGACUAAGACAGAGAGGCAAUACCUCGGAGGAGAGUGUGGAGAGGGCGUUGGGUGUGCUGGUCUCAUCGACGAUCUCAAGGAGAUUAACAAGAAGAUCAAAGACGAGCUGAAGGAGAAAAUCGAACUCGAAGGUAGGGAUUUGGGAGACUGCAAGCCGUGGAUGUGGGGUUGUUAA